UCUCUCUCCAAAAUAUCUCGUGCUUCUUUUGGGUUAUUGCUUGAAACUUGAAAGAAUAGUUGUGAUAUUUUGAUUAUAUUGAAUUUGUGAAAAUUGAGCUGGAUUAUUUGAGGUUUAGGGUUACGAAUUGGUACUAUUUGUGAAAAUUUCUGAAGAAUUGGGGGUAUUUGUGAAGAAAUUGUUUAAACCUAGGGUUUGUUGUGAUAUGGGAGACUGUAAUAAUGCAUCCACAGAAUCUGGAAUGGAAGAAGCAGAAGAAGAAUUGAUUGCUGCAGCUCAGCGUAUUUUGAAGGCAUUGGAAUCUAAAAAGUAUCUAACCGAAGAUGCUCGAAAAAUCCUCGCAAAUCUCGGAUUGCAAUUGACGAAUAUGACCUCGUUGUUCGCCGAAAGCAGAGUAAUCGAAGUCGAAUCCAAUGAAGAACACAACGAAAUCGAGCUGCAGCUCAAUCGAAUUUCCGAUAAAAUCAUGGUUUGGGAGAAGGACGAGUCGAUGAUUUGGGACUGUGGGCCCGACGAAGCAUUCGAGUACCUAAAAGCCGUCGAAGAAUCUCGUAGAUUGACGGAGGUUUUGGAAAAUCGGAGCCCGGACAGCCGAAAUGACGAUUCUACCCUUCUUCGUAGGGCGCACGACCUUCUCCAGACAGGAAUGAAUCGGCUCGAGGACGAGUUCCGCCACUUGCUUGUCCAAAACAGGCAGCCGUUCGAACCGGAGCAUAUGUCGUUCCGUUCGAGUGAAGAGGAUAGUAUGAUCGAGGCGGGGUCCGUUAUUUCCUCUGGAGAUGACUCGGUCGAUGACGUGGCGGCGGCGGCGGUCCACCGGGAUAGCAUGGGCCGCUCAUCGGUGGAUUACGUCAUCGAGCUGGUGAACGUGGACGUGAUCCCCGACCUAAAAAGCAUUGCCAAUUUGAUGUUCGAUUCGAAUUACGGGCGCGAGUGCUCUCAAGUGUUUGCGAAUGUCCAAAGGGACGCGCUCGAUGACUGUCUUUUUAUACUCGAGGUGGAGAAAUUGAGCAUCGAGGAAGUUGUGAAAAUGGAGUGGAAAUUAUUGAACUCGAAAAUUAGGAGUUGGAUUAGGGCAAUGAAGCUAUUCGUGCGCGUCUACCUCGCGAGCGAGAAAACCCUAGCCGAACGGAUAUUCGAAGAUCUCGAUUCGGUGGGGUCCGUUUGCUUUGCAGAGUCGUCAAAAGCUGCAGUCUUGCAGCUUUUGAAUUUCUGCGAGGCGGUCGCCGUGGGCCCACACCAGCCGGAGAAGCUUAUGAGGAUCUUGGACAUGUACGAGGUUCUCGCCGGAGUUAUACCGGACAUUGCCGGACUAUACUCCGGCGAGGCCGGGACAUGCGUUACAACAGAAUGCAAAGACAUCCUUAAAAGAUUGGGCGAAUGCGCAAAGGCGACUUUUCUCGAAUUCAAGAACACCGUCGCAUCGAGCGUCUCGACAAACCCUUUCCCCGGAGGUGGGGUCCACCCCCUCACCAAGUACGUGAUGAACUACUUCAAGACGUUGACCGACUACACCAAAACCCUCGACGAGGUUUUGAGGGACGAAAAGGACGAGAACACCCCUCGAGAGGAAGAAGAGGAGGAGGAGGGUCCCACCGGAACGCAAUUCCGAUCUUUCUUCGAUAUACUCGAAACCAACCUCGAAGUCAAGUCGAGCUUAUACAAAGACGAGGCGCUUCGAAAUCUCUUUCUAAUGAACAACAUCCACUACAUGGCGGAGAAAGUUCGGGGUUCGGAACUGAGGAUCGUGCUGGGCGACGAGUGGAUAAGGAAACGGAAUUGGAAAUUCCAGCAGCACGCGAUGAACUACGAGAGAGCCACUUGGAGCUCGAUCCUAUUCUUGUUGAAAGACGAGGGGAUUCAAAACCCGGGCUCGAACUCGAUAUCGAAGACGCUGUUGAAGGAGAGGCUGCAAGGGUUUUACGCCGCGUUCGAGGAGGUCUACAAGAAUCAAUCGGGGUGGUCGAUCCCGGAUGGACGGUUGAGAGACGACCUGCACAUAUCGACGUCGUUGAAGGUGAUACAGGCUUAUCGGACUUUCGUCGGGAGGCAUAUUAAUCAUAUUAGUGAGAAGCACAUUAAGUACAGUGCUGAUGAUUUGGAGGAUCUUCUUUUGGAUCUUUUUGAAGGGUCUCAGAAAUCAUUGCAUGGGGGGCAUAGAAAAUGAUUUUCUUGAUUUUAUUUUAUUUGAAUUUUUAGAUUUAUUUGUCAUUUUGGAAGAGUGGCAUUUAUAUAGUAAUUCUUGUAAUGACUUCUGUCACAUAUUUUGGUUAUACAAGUUUUGCAGUUUUGGGUA